CUCCGCCCAGCCGCCGCCGCCACCGCCUUUCUUCCCCUGCUUUCCCUUCCGCUCGGCUCGGCCCCGGCCUCCUGGGCUCGGGCCCCUGCUCGUGCCCAGCAGCCCCGCCGGGCCUCCCGGGCCCUCGAACUCUCUCGGGCUCGGCCGCAGCCGAGAGGAAGAGGGGCGAUCGGGAGUCGCCGGAACAUGGCGGCGGCCGGGCCAGAGCGUGAGGAGGAGGUGGUGGUGGCGGCGGCGGUAGAGGCUGCAGGGGAGCCCGAGGAGCCGGGGCUAGUUCCCGCGGCAGCCCCAGAGCCCCUGCCGCCCGGGGCCUCCACCGCGGCCGAGGAGCUCGCGCAGCCCCCGGAGCCCCCCGAGCCCCUGGGCGCCGCCGAGGUGGCGCGGAGGCUGCAGAGGACGCGGCGGGAGCUGAGCAACCGCAGGAAGGUGUUGCUGCGGAACCUGCCGCCAGACACGCACAGCCAGGAAGUUCAUGAUUUGCUGAAAGACUAUGAGCUGAAGUAUUGUUAUGUGGACAGAAACAAAAGAACAGCCUUUGUUACCUUACUGGAUGGGGAACAAGCCCAAAAUGCCAUCCAGACGUUUCACCAGUAUUCUCUUCGGGGGAAAGAGAUCACUGUCCAGCUCCAGCCCACGGAUGCUUUGCUCUGCAUCACCAACCUGCCGCCCUCUUUCACGAUAGAAGAAUUCGAGGAACUGGUCCGGACAUUCGGCAAUAUCGAGAGGUGCUUUUUGGUCUACAAUGAAACCACCGGCCAUUCGAAGGGCUACGGAUUUGUGGAGUACAUGAAAAAAGACUCUGCGGCUAAGGCGAGGUCGGAACUGUUGGGUAAACAGUUAGGAAGCUUCAUUCUCUUUGCACAGUGGAUGGAUGUGAAUCAGCUGGCCACCGAUCUCAUUCAUUCUAAGUGCCUAUGCGUCGAUAAACUCCCCAGGGACCUCACGGACUCCCAAGAGCUCUUGCAAAUUUUCUCCUUUAGUCAUAAGCCUGUGUUUGGUCAGUUGGCACAGGAUGAAGGGAGCUAUGCGGACGGUUUUGCGGUAGUUGAAUAUGACAGCCCAGAACAUGCCGAGGACGUGCAGCAGGCAGCUGAUGGGAUGACGAUCAAGGGAAGCCAAGUCCAGGUGUCCUUCUGUGCCCCCGGAGCCUCUGGACGAAGCACUUUGGCAGCCCUGAUCGCUGCCCAAAGAAUGAUGCGCAAUAAUCGAAAGGGUUUACUUCCAGAGCCAAAUCCGAUACAGAUUAUGAAGAGUUUAAACAACCCCGCCAUGUUGCAGAUUUUGCUGCAGCCACAGUUACAAGGACCUGCUGCAGUUCUUGGAGCCCCUCACAGUUUGCCUCAUCUGGUGAACCCAUCCAUCACCCCCGCGAUUUUGCAGUUGAACAAAAUACACCAGCAGAACUCAGUUCUGAGCAAUGCCUCUCGUUUGUUGCUUCAGAAUCUCUCUUACUUACACCUGGCCCAGCAGCAGCUGAUGAAGAUAGAGAACAUCCAGACGAACAGUAAGCCCGGAUUACUGGGGGAGCCCCCUGCCAUGGUCCUUCCAACGGCCCUUGGAGCAGGGGCAGCACCGCCACUGAAGUCGGAGUUGGGACUCCGGGGAGAGGAACAUAAAACCGCCGCCGGGCUCUUGCCGUUCUUCCCAAAUCAGCACGUGGUGGGCCCAAGCCAUCCUCAGGACAAGCCAUCCGCCGCGCUGGGAUCAGCAGAAGGAGCCGCCUCGGGGCUGCAGACAUACCUUCCGGGCUUCACAAAUCCUCCGGCCGGAGGCUCGGCGCCGGGUCAGCCCAGACAGGCGAGCCAGCCCAAAGCCAGCGAAGCGAGUUCAGGGACAGUCUCUAAGAAUCAGACUUCACUCUUGGGGGAACCACCGAAAGAGAUCCGGCUCAGCACCAAUCCGUACUUGAACUUGGCGAGCGUGUUGCCUGGGGUCUGUUUGCCAGCCCCAGUUGGAAGUAAAACCAUGAGUGCUCUACCCCAGACUGGAAUCACGAGCAACAUACUGGAUGCCAUCUCUCAGGGAACCUCAUCACAACAUGCAUUGGAAAAUUACAUUAAUUAUUCUCAGCAGUUUGGUGAUUAUUCACAGGUGUCAUCCCCUUUAAGAAAUGAAAAGAGAGGCUCCACAUACCUCAUUUCUGCCCCUGAAGGGAGCUCGGGGGAAUUGGUUGACCAACAUUCUCAGGGCACAGGAGGGUAUUAUGCAGAAUCCUGCUUAAAGAAGAAACGCGUCUACUGAGGUUCCCUCCAUUGGUCGAUCUUCCCUUCUGCUCCACGUAGCUCAUUUCCAGGACCUCUGCUGUUCAUCGCUGCCUUAAAGUCGGCCAGACUAGCCAUCUCCCUGAAAAACGGACCACCGUUCCCAGGAGGAACAGUGAGUGCUUCGCAGACGGCAGAUUUGCCAAAUGAAAAAUAAGAAGCAAUAAUUUUAAAAAAGAAGACAUCCACUGAGACCCAUUUCCCGCUAGUAUUAGAUGCGUCCUAAGUAGCGUGUUACACUUCUCAUAGGUGGCUGAGCUUAACAACGUUUCUUACUUUCUGACUGCAAAAACCAAUGUUCCCAUUCUGGUUUGGAUCCAGUCUCUAAUCAUCUAAAGCAAUAAAGAGGAAGCUCUUGUUUCCUGAGCCUUAGAAGGGUGGGUCUAAUGACAGGUCGAUUAUUUUCCCCUUUUCUUUUCCCCUUGAAGCCAGUGUGCUUUCCAACGUGUUUUUGCUAGUUAGUUACCUUUGUAGGUAUGAGAUAUCACAACGUAGCAGGAAAAGCUCUAGAGUCCAAAGACCUGAGUUCAAGUCUCAGCUACUUACUGUUACUUACCAUUUGGUUGACUUUCGGCACACAUAACUCUCCAAGCCCUAAUUUCCUCAUCUAUAAAAGAUUAAAAGUAGAUAGAUAAAAAUCUAUCCCUGACCUUUAAGGUUUCUUUGAGCUCCAAGUGUAUGAUCCUCUGAGCUUUGCUCAGAGGCAUAAGAAUGCAUGCUCCAAGCAGCAGCCAUGAGCUGGUUGCAAGAAAGCCUUCUGUGCAAAAUGAAAAGUCUGGCACCCAAUCACCUCUGCAGUCCAAAAUCCAUUUGGAGACGUACUGAUAGUUGGAUUGUUUGGUAGAAGAUGGCGGCUACCCAUAGCUUUAUUUCCUUGGUAGCUAUUUUCCUUUGACAGUAUGAGGAUUAUUUUGCAUUUCCCACAUCACUUUAUUUUUUACUUACACGUGUGCAAAACAACUAAAUAGACUAGAAUCAUUUUUCUUUCUUCACUGUAACUCAUUUUAGGAUGUUGUCGCCACUUCUUUUGGCUUGGGUAAUCAAGUCCUCAUUAAGAGGGCGCCAUCUUGGAUUUAAAUAGCCCUGAGCAGCCUGGGGGGAGGCUUGCAGUGGCCAGUGGCCAGGAGUUUCCCUGCCCCUUAAAGAGCAUUGCUGUUCACCACAGACUGUGGUUGGCAGAGGGUGCGAGGUUCUACCCCCAGCUUCCUAACAGAGAACAGAGGCCACGAGGCCAUUCAUUCCCUCACCCCAGUGACAUUUGGAGGGCCAUCAUCUUCAUUCUUCCAAAGCAGUUCCUUUCCUUCCUGUUGAUGAACUAAGCUAGCAUUUAGCAGACCUUCAGACACUAUCCAAAAGCUAGUUCUUCUUCUCCUGAAGGAGUCUAAUGUGCUACCAGUAUUUAUUACCUCUUUGGUCUUAAGGAUCAAAGGAGAUAUUUCUAAAGCGCUUAGCACAGUGCUUGGCACAUAGUAGGCGCUUAAUAAAUGCUUGUUUCCCCUCCCUCCCCCUCCAAUAUGUCUCCACCUUGAUUAACACUCUUCAGGACAAAUCCUGAGCUGUCCAGUACACUGGAAGUAUGGCGGGAAGUGCCUGCAAUCUACCAACUUUCCAAAUGGGUUACUUUCAAAUGGUGUAACUGAGAAAACAGACAGACAUUGGGUUUGAAGGGUUCUAGUCUUUGGUGAGAGAGAAUGAAAGGUGUCCUUGGCCAUCAGUAAGACCGAUGAUGUUUGAGACUUGAGAAAAACGUGCCCUGCUUUCAUGAUGUCCUAUAUAUGCUUGUGUAUUCUGUAGAGAAUUUUAAUUUGCUUAACUUCCUGCCUAGCCCUUCUGUUCUCGAUCGUUAUCUCUUUAAUUCCAGCAUGCAGCCAAGUGCUUUGCACACAGUAGGCACUCAGUGCUUGUCGAUUGAUUGGACAUUUUGAGAAUUAAACCCGGGGGUAGUGACAGAGCACUUUCUAAGAACUCUUCAACUUGCAGCUGAUUUUCCAAGUGACAGACUGGGAUUAGAUUCAUGAUUUCAUUGAUAAAGGGAAUUCCCAAAGAGGAAACGUCCUCUCCCAGCACCUAUGGCUGCAGGCUCAGCGCUGUGCCCAGGGUGGGUGCCCUGACAAGGAUGAUGGGCAGAGGACCCCGAGCACCAGGCAUCCUGACGCUGAGGCUCGUCUGCCAUCAACCCCAUCAUGCUUCCAGUCGCCUGUAGCCGUACACCCAGUGAUCAUUCAGCAACUAGCUCAUGAUGGGUCUGCGCCCCAUGCUCUCCCUCCUCCUGUCCCUACCUCCCCCUUGAAUGUUUAGGGUCCAGUAGCCCCUCUCGAGAUAGGCGAACGGGAAAGCAAGGAAGGCAAACUUCCAAAUCAGGGCUGUACCCGGCAGCCACCCAGAUCCAUAAGAGUUUGUCUUUGGAGUGGGCUGAAGCCCUAGUCUAAAACUCUUCAUAGUUGGGGUUCCUGAGAAUUUUUUAUCCAGGCUCUUCCUAUUGCUUGCUCCCACUAUAAUCAGGCCCAUUAUUGGGGGGAAGUGGGGGAAACCGUGAAAAUUCUGUAUGAUAGUUAUUUUUCUAUGUAAUCGAACUAAAAUGCUCUGUUCAUCUAAUUCUUCAUAUUAAAAAGACACGUGCAUGUCGA